UUUAAAGAUGCGGUCGUGUUUGACAGUAAGCGGGUGACUGACGGCAGCAAACAGGAGAAUGGAGUGUGGGAGCGCAGAAGCAGACGAGGCCAUUGCAACCACAAUAUGAUGCUGUUAGCUGGUGUGUGCACCUCCUGCAGAACAUUUGGUGAAGCUAGUCAAGACUUUGUUUCAACUUUCAACGUUUCACUUUGAAAGAUAUCUGUAUUUUAAUGUAGUGUAUUGUGAAAACAAUAUUCUGCCAGCUAUUAACAGAUACGGCUGUCAAAAGUGUUGUCUUAGUUCACAUUCUUUUAAUCUUAUUUGGUCCAAAUGUGUACCAGGAAAACCCUGCCUGCCGAAAUGAUCUCCAGACACAAUUUCAGUGUGUGGAAUAUCCUGAAGAAAUGCAUUGGCAUGGAGCUGUCCAAAAUAGCGAUGCCGGUUGUGUUUAAUGAGCCGCUGAGCUUCCUACAGAGAAUCUCUGAGUACAUGGAGCACACUCACCUCAUCCACGAAGCCUGCAGUUUGUCUGACUCAAUAGACAGAAUGCAGGUUGUUGCUGCGUUUGCUGUUUCAGCUGUAGCAUCUCAAUGGGAAAGGACUGGAAAGCCAUUUAAUCCUUUACUAGGGGAGACCUAUGAACUCACAAGAGAGGACGAGGGAUACAGGUUGAUCUCGGAGCAGGUGAGCCACCACCCCCCCGUCAGUGCCUUCCAUGCCCAGUCUCUGAAACAGGAGUUUGAAUUUCACGGCACAAUUUACCCAAAACUCAAGUUCUGGGGCAAAAGUGUGGAGGCUGAGCCCAAAGGCGUCAUGACACUGGAGCUACUAAAACACAAAGAAGUUUACACAUGGACAAACCCAAUGUGCUGUGUGCAUAACAUCAUACUGGGAAAACUCUGGAUUGAGCAAUAUGGAACGGUGGAGAUAGUCAACCACAGGACUGGAGAUAAGUGUGUGUUGAACUUCAAACCGUGUGGGAUGUUUGGGAAAGAGCUGCACAAAGUCGAGGGUCAUAUCCAAGACAAAAGUAAAAAGAAGCACAGAGUGAUCUAUGGAAAGUGGACAGAGUGCAUGUACAGCAUGGACCCCAAGGUGUACGAAGCACACAAGAAGUCAGACAAGAAGACGGGGGGAGACUCAAAAAAGCUGAAACCGGGACAUAGUUGUGAAGCUGAGGAGGCAGAUGAGAUGCCAGAAGUUCAAGAGACUGUGACUGCGAUACCAGGAAGUGCCUUACUGUGGAGGAUAUUGCCGCGGCCUGCUGUUUCACCACAGAUGUAUAACUUCACCAGCUUUGCCAUGACACUAAACGAACUGGAGCCCGGCAUGGAGAGACUACUGCCACCAACCGACUGCCGGCUGCGGCCCGACAUCAGAGCCAUGGAGAAAGGAGACAUGGACUCAUCAAGUACAGAGAAAGAGCGGUUAGAGGAGAAACAAAGGGCCUCACGCAGGGAACGCUCUGUGGAUGAGGAGUGGUCCACCAGUACAGAUGGACUAAUGAAUGUCCGGGAGCCGCGACUCGCUAACAUUCACUAUCAAACCAACAUCCAGCAAGGCGCCGCAUUGGCCGUCACAGACAUGCCAACGUACAUUCCUGGUGGUUUCAGCAGGGAACAAACCCUCACACUGGAGCUGAGGAUUGGCUGUACAAGGGUGGAUAUUUUGACAGGAAUUACACGGACUGUCCCAGCAUUUUUUGACCCAGGAGGGGGUGUUCAGUUUCAAGAUCUCCUCACCGCUCUGAUAGGAUUCACUUUAUUUCUCUGCAUCACUCGUUUGUGUCUUUGUGAUGUCCAGACACUCACAGGUACUGUGUCUUUGUUUCAGUCCAUAAAAAGCUGACAUCAAAAUGUUAUCGGACAGUUUAUCAGAUUAGUACUGACUGGAAUGAGAAAUGUCAUUAUGAAUUUUAGGGUUUUUAGAAUGUACUUAAUGUAAAUGUUGACAUCUUUAUAUGCCCUAAUCAAGACAAUAAUUGUCCACAUAUGUUACUGAUUUGUCUGGGUUUUUAAUUCAGUUGCGUGUGUGUGUGUGUGUUGCAGGACACCAUGCUGGCUUCUAGAGGCUAUAUCCUCAGUUUUAGUUCAGGUAUCCAACUGUUAUCCUACCUGAAGACAUACCACACACACUUGUCCUGUUGCAUUCAAAUAUCAGGGGUUAUUUAAACAUCUGCGACUUAAAAAAUAUAUAUAACCUAUUUGAAUAUUAGAUAUGCAUUUUAGUUUCCUGUGAACCUCCAUGAAAUGUUACAAGUGAUACAUUUACCAUGAAUAGAGACUUACAGUAGAGAUGAAAGCUGCUUAUAUCCACGUUUACCGUCACAGUAAACAUAUUGUUGAUACAUUAUAUUGUCCACUGUAACAUAGAUAAUGUGUAUGAUAAUUGGAGCAUGCAUGUUCACCAAUAUGAUUAUUUACACAAUGUUAAAGCCAUAAAAACGUUUUCCUGGACUAAGUCUAAUACUGUAAAUGGAUUCACAUAAAACGUUAAAGCAACGGAUGAAGAGGAUUUCUGUUUACAGCAGGAGGUUUUCAAAGUGUGGCACUGAAAGAACCAUACAAUCAAAACAAUAUUCAUGUUAAUGUAUUUUUAAAACGGUUAUUAAUAUUAUUUGUCUUAAGACAAACUAACUAAACAAGACGUAUAUUGUUUCCCAGGGGUCAGUUGGGUAGUUGGCUGUUUUUUGUUUAUUUGAGUAAGUUUUGCACCAUUAAAAGUUUGCCAAAUUAGCUAUUAGCAUUUCCUGUUUGGAAUGUGCCCAUCAAACGUACAAAGGACUAGGAAGACUGAUACUGAAGAAAUGUUUAAAAAAAAUUCAUUCUCAGGCACGUCCUGAAGAUAUAAAUAGUCUUUGAUUUCGAUUAUUGCUAAGAGGAUUUUUAAGGGUUUAUUUAUAUAUUAAUAAUGAAGUCAAGCCGAAUCUAAAAAUGUGUUACACAUUUUGUGAGUUGUGACUGAUGUCUCUCCGUCUGCCCUGUCGAGGCACAGCUCGAAAACCUCUUGUAUUAAGAGAACGCUGUGUCACACGGAGGGAUUACUGAUUAUUAUGAUAAUUGCCAUUUGUCUUCACACAUGAACCUCUCAGUGAUAGCUGUGGUUUUUUGAGAAAGGAAAGGGAAAAAAACAGGACCCUGUAGCCAUUAUAAAUCUAUGCAAAAAAGAUCCAUCCAGUGCCCUCCAGAAAUGUGAAAAAUGAAACCCUUCCUUAAGGUGGAGCCGUUGUGCGCUUGAGAGGCAGCAGUUAUGAAUGUUGUGUGCUGCUGAGAUAACGCGUACAUCCAUCCAUACAUAGUUCUAUAUAGAUGCUCAUUUGUGUUUCAAGGCACUAACAUUGCAUAAGCUGCACAUGUGAACUCUCUGUCCAAUGCACAUGUUGUACAGUGAAUAUAUAUUCUCCAUCAUGUCUUCCCCCAGCUUGUCGACUUUCCUCUGAAUUCAAAGCACUUUGCCCGCAGACACCCAGAGGUGCGGGUUCGCUCCGAUGGUUCUUCUGAUCUCGCUCUGUUUGCCUUCUUGUGCCAUCUAGCAUAUAUUUGCAAAUGUUUACAUUGUAUGUUCAUUCCCUCCCAUACUGUCACCCACAGACAACCAUAUGCAUAUUUGAGAAAUAAAUGAUGGACUAUUGACAUUA